UUCGGAAGCACAUCUGUCGAGAGGACACAGGACGAGAAACCUCGCGUUCAAUCUCGACAAAGCGAGAGCGGGAGCACGCUGGUGGAGGGGACAUGCCAUGAUAGUGCCGGAAUGCGGACUGAGGCGGCCGGAUCUAGCCAUAUUCAGGUGGAGGGUUGGGACGGGAGUGACGAGUCCGGGCCUGCCGAGGAAAAACAUCACCAUCGGUCUCUGUCGGUAAAGACAUACGCUGGAUGGGAAGGCAUCCAACACGGGGCAGAAUGGCGAAAAACUGUACGUGCCGUCCCACGAGUUUGGCCUUUCAACGCUGCCCCUGGAGACCAGGAAGACGAGGGGCGCGGGACCAUGACAAAUUGGAGCUUUGCAAAAGAGGAGCUGGCCCGGUGUGUGAGAAAGAGAAGGCGUCGCUGCGAGCACGCUGUAAGAUUCGCCGUCGGGCGUUGGAGGGUGCGGACUCGGAUGAAGCAGGCCGCCACCUGAGGACCCUCGUCGCACAUCACCAGGCCCGCUACCAGAAUGCGAAGGAGACGGGGGAGAAUCUUGAAGCGGUGGAGGGGGAAGAGAUGAACUUUGAAGACAACGACGAUGAUGACGACGGCACCGAAGACUGGGAGGCAGAGGAGGAGGGGACGUCACACGGGGAGACGGAAGGUGGGGAUGCAACCACUGGGAGCGAGUUGCUGAACGAGGAAGAAGAUCGUUGGACGGAGACGGAUGUACAAUUCCGCAUAUAUGUUCUGAUGCCCAACGCCUUCAAAACACCCACUCAGCUGCCGUCAAGUGGCGAACGUUCAAGCUCAGUUUCGUGUAUCCCCGCAUGUAUCUGACGUUGGGUCUGCUCACAGCGAAUAAAAGAGCGGCAUAUCUUCGAGUGCUCGCGAUGUAACCCAUCAACGAAGCGCCACUAUCGAAGCGCAAUUACUACCGCACGACGACGCCGAAUACGAUAUCGAG